AUGUCAUUAGAGCAAGGAAUUGGGCAACCACUGAAAUAUGUUGGUUUUGAUACAAUCACUACACAAAUUGAAUCAAGAUUAUUAAAAAGAGGUUUUCAAUUUAAUAUUAUGGUUGUUGGUAGAUCAGGAUUAGGUAAAUCAACAUUAAUUAAUACAUUAUUUUCAUCUAAAUUAACCGAAUCAAGUGGUAGAAAAUCACCAACUGAACCAAUUGAAAAAACUACUGAAAUUAAGGUUUCAUCACAUUCUUUAGUUGAAAAUAAUGUUAGAUUAAAUAUUAAUGUAAUUGAUACUCCAGGAUUUGGUGAUCAAAUAAAUAAUGAAAGAUGUUGGGAACCUUUAGUUAAAUAUGUUAAAGAACAACAUUCUCAAUAUUUAAGAAAAGAAUUAACUGCUCAAAGAGAGAAAUUUUUACCUGAUACAAGAGUUCAUUGUAUUUUAUAUUUCUUAUCACCAAAUGGUCAAAAAUUAAAACAAUUAGAUAUACAAGCUUUAAAGAAAUUAAGUGAAAUUGCUAAUGUUGUACCAAUUAUUGCAAAAUCUGAUUCUUUAACUUUAGAAGAAAGAAGUGAAUAUAAAAAAAUUUUACAAAGAGAAUUUAUUAAAUAUAAUUUUAAUAUUUAUCCUUAUGAUUCUGAAGAUUUAUAUGAAGAUGAAAGACAAUUAAAUGAAGAUAUUAAAUCAUUAAUUCCAUUUGCAAUUUCUGGUUCUGAACAAGAAAUUCAAAUAAAUGGUGAAUUAGUUAGAGGUAGAAAGACUAAAUGGGGUUCAAUGAAUAUUGAAGAUGUAAGUCAAUGUGAAUUUGUGUUUUUAAGAGAUUUCUUAACCAGAACUCAUUUACAAGAUUUAAUUGAAACUACUGCUUUAAUUCAUUAUGAAACUUUUAGAUCUAAACAAUUGAUUGCUUUGAAAGAGAAUAAUACUAAUAGACAAUCUGCUGGUCAAGCUGUUGCUACUGCAGCAGCAGCAGGUGCUACUUCUACUAAUCCUAACGGUACUACUCAAAAUAUGCAAGGUAUUCCUGCUGCUAAUUCAACCACUGCUGUUCGUAUGUAA